AUGGCGGAGAGCGACCGGGGGCGUGAGACUUUCGACAUCUCCGACAGCUCCGACGACGACGGCCUGUACCACCGUCCUCCAUCUUCUUCGCCAUCCAGGCUCACACGUUUCACCGGCCCGUUAAUCAACUAUGUCCGAAACGGAUGGCAAUCAAGCGCGAAAUAUACCCAGCUUCCUUCCGCCUCGGACCGGUCCGACCCCCCGAAAUGGGUACAGAUGAUCCUGUCAAUCGUCACAGUGCCACGAUUCAGACGAUACGCGAUCGGAUGCCUUAGUGUUCUUAUCUUUUGCAUCCUCGGUUGGCAGUAUAUUCUGUCCCCGAGAUUAGAGGAGAGGUCAGCGAUUCUAACUUCUUUGGAUCCGAAGCAGGAGGACAUCGUCGGGGGUUGGUUUGGUGCCAAUGCGCUGCCGCAGUUACAAGAUAUGGUUCAGCUGCGAGAGUUGGAUGAAGCACUCCUACCAUCUGCUUUAGUGCCUGAGGAUGAUAUGCCGAGUGAACGGCGGUUGAUCUUUAUUGGGGAUGUGCAUGGCUGCAAGUCCGAGUUGGAAAGUCUACUUGACAAAGUAUCUUUCAACACGACCCGUGAUCAUCUAGUCUUCACCGGCGACUUGAUCGAAAAAGGACCCGAUAGCCUGGGGGUUGUUGAUCUCGCGCGAGAAUACAACGCCUCUUGUGUUCGCGGCAACCACGAAGACCGAGUCCUGACUCUCCGCCGCGACAUGCUCGAAUCAAACACCACCGAUGAUUCAUUCGACAUGGCCCGUCUACAAGAUGCCAAAUCCCGCGAACUAGCCCUCCAGCUCAGCACCGACCAAGCAGAAUGGCUCGGCGCAUGUCCCGUAAUCCUCAACGUUGGCCAAAUCACCAACAUGGGCCAAGUUGUCGUCGUUCACGGCGGCCUCGUUCCGGGUGUCGACCUCGACAGGCAGGAUCCCUACAGUGUCAUGAACAUGCGCACUGUCGACCUAGAAACGCAUGUACCCAACUCAGCGCGAGACAAGGGUGUAAAAUGGACAAAACUCUUUAACAAACACCAAGCCCUUUCUCUCCAGUCCGAAAACAGCAUCAUGACAGUAAUCUAUGGGCACGAUUCCAAAUCAGGUCUCUCUCUGAAGGAGUACACCAUUGGCCUAGACUCAGGAUGUGUGAAAGGUGGCAAACUAACCGCCCUAGUCGUCUCCGAUGGUGGGAACCAAGAAAUUGUGCAGGUGAAAUGCUCCAAGCAUCAGAAAGACAAGAAAUAA